AUGCAGGAAUUGAUAGCUGGCUUGCAAACAAUGAGGUUUGAUUUUGAGAAUAUUCUGGAGCAACAAAGAGGGAUUCUGGAUUUGCCAUUUUCAGGCAUGGACAAAUCUGCUUCAGCAGUUUGCGAGUUUUUUAUUAAAGGUGAAUGCUUAAAAGAAAAUUUGUGCCCCUUUCGUCAUAGCUAUGGUGAAAAAUCUGUUGUGUGCAAACAUUGGCUGCGAGGUCUGUGCAAAAGAGGGGAUCAGUGCGAAUUUUUGCAUGAAUAUGACAUGACAAAAAUGCCACAGUGCUACUUCUACACAAAAUAUGGGGAAUGCAGUAAGAAAGAGUGCUCUUUCUUACACAUUGAUGCAGAAGUGAAAACUCAAGACUGCCCUUGGUAUGAGCAGGGAUUCUGUAAAAAUGGCCCUCUGUGCAAAAAUAAACACACCAGGAAGGUAAUAUGUGUUAAUUAUCUCGCUGGGUUUUGCCCUGAAGGAACUGAAUGCAAAUUUUCACACCCAAACAAUGAAUUUACUGAAUGGAACAUGGAAUCAAAGGAAACGAAUAUGCUCUAUCAGUACCCUUCAGUCAGUAACCGAAAGACAAAACUCCACCAAGGCUACAAAGCUCUUGACAAGGUCAUGUGCUUCAAGUGCAGGGAGAAAGGCCACUAUGCAAAUAAAUGCAGCAACCAGAACCAAGACAACAGACACUUGACACGUUAA